CCCCAACUGGAUACAAGUGUGUGACGAAAAUGGAUAGCCCACCAGCCGAAGAGGACAGAAGCAUGGUGGUCGCUAAAAUUUCACCCCUGCAAAUGGUGUCCAUAGAGCCAGUAGGAAGAUGGUUUGAGGCCUACUGCUUGAGGAGAAGAAAUAAACAGAGUCUGUCACACACAACUAUGACAUCUUCCUCCUCUGAGGAAAAUAUCAGCGAUGCCUCCACAGAUGAAGAGGAUGAGCUUAUGUUGAAGGGACUGGACCCUAAAGAGUGGAAGCAACAAGACCAUUAUGCUGUUCUUGGUUUAAAAAAUGAGAGAUAUAAAGCCACAGAGGAGCAAAUAAAAAGAGCAUACAAGAAGAAGGUCCUAAAGCAUCACCCUGACAAGAGAAAAGCCAGAGGGGAGAAUGUGAAAGAGGGAGAUGAUGACUAUUUCACAUGUAUAACUAGAGCCUAUGAAAUUCUGGGAAACCGUGUCAAGCGUAGAUCUUAUGACAGCGUAGACCCUCAGUUUGAUGAUGAUGUACCGGAAGUGUCAUCAGAUAACAAAGACAAAGAAGAAUUCUUUGAAGUUUUCAGACCUGUAUUUGAAGCUAAUGCCAGGUGGUCAAAUAAGAAGAAGCCUGUUCCACAGUUAGGAGACAUUGAUUCAUCUUUUGAUGAAGUUAAUGACUUCUAUGCAUUUUGGUAUGACUUUGAUUCUUGGAGAGAGUAUUCUUACCUAGAUGAAGAAGAAAAGGAGAAGGGCCAAGAUCGUGAAGAAAGAAAGUGGAUUGAGAGACAAAACAAAGCUGCCCGUGCCAAAAGAAAAAAGGAAGAGGUGACAAGGAUACGACUGUUAGUAGACAAUGCAUAUGCCUGUGAUCCAAGAAUACAGAGGUUUAAAGAUGAAGAAAAAGAGAAGAAGCUUGCACAGAAACGUGCAAAGCAAGAAGCUGCAAGGCAAAAAGCAGAGGAAGAGAAAAGGAAAAAAGAAGAGGAGUUAGAAGCCGAGAGAAAACAAAAAGAGAAAGAAGAAGAGGAAGCAAAAGCUCAGGCUGCAGCUGCCAAGAAGGAAAAGGAAGCAAUGAAAAAGAUUUUAAAGAAGGAAAGAAAAACAUUAAGGACAAUCAUAAAGGAGUUUGAUUACUUUGCUGCUGAUGAGGCAGAGCGUGUAAAGAACAUGGCUGAUGUUGAAAAAUUGGCAGAUAUGCUAUCUUUAACAAGUUUACAGUCGUUGAAUGAGGCUCUCACAUCUGGGGACAAAGAGAGGGCAUCACAGGCUUUCACAGCUGAGGUGAAAGAACUGGACGAUAAAAGAGAAGCAGAAAAACAGAAGCUGCUUGAAGCUACCAAGAAACAGAACAGUGGAGGCGGGUCUGCAGGCGCCAGAGCCAAGCAGUGGAGUGAUGAAGAAACUCAGAUACUUAUUAAGGCUGUGAAUCUCUUUCCUGCUGGAACUAAACAAAGGUGGGAGGUGAUAGCAAACUACAUCAACCAACAUGUAGAGGGCAGCAACAGGACCCCCAAGGAAGUCCUAGGACAAGCCAAAGCCUUGCAGAAGAAUGUAAUGGAUGAAAGUCAGAAGCAACUAGUCAAUGAGAAAGCCUUUGAGAUCUUGCAGAAAGAAAAAGAACAGAAGAAAAAUGCAAAAGUAGGAGAUAAGCCUUCAGAAAGGGUAGAAUCUGUAGGAGAACAACAGGUGGCCCAGACAGGCUCCAACCCUGCUCCAUGGACAACAGAAGAGCAGAAGUUACUGGAGCAAGCCCUAAAAACAUUCCCUGCAAGCGUGAAAGACCGAUGGGAUAGAAUAGCAGAAACGAUAGCCACCAGAAGUAAGAAGGAUUGCAUGAAAAGAUACAAGGAGCUGGCUGAGAUGGUGAAAGCCAAGAAAGCUGCACAGGCCGCAGCAGAUGCCAAGGCAGCAAAGAAAACAUGACAAACUGUUUGUUUGUAACUAAUUAAAAUAAUACAGUGGUGCAAAACUUAACAGAGAAUACUGAAACAAUAGCCGUCAGAAAUGAUGGCAAGCUAUAGUAUAUUUUAGGAAAGUUACAGUUUAGGUGGACUUGCUUUCAUGGUCUUGCUCCAGCUCAGAUGGUGUUCAACUUGACAAUGUGUUGAGUUGUCAGGAAGUUUUAGAUCAUAAUAUGACCCGGGACCCCCAUUUUUUAACCGAAUAAGUGAUAAGUAGGGUUGGUCAUAUCUAAUCUUUCUAAUACAUUGGAUCCAAAUAUAUUAUUGUUAUGGAUUUGUAUUUAUAUAUAUCCUUGUAAUACAUUGCCAAGUGAAAUCAAAAAUCAAUUGUUUUUCCUCCCUGUGGUUUCUGAAUCAGGUUAUUGUAUUGAAUAAACACAAUUGAUUGAACACAAUUU